CUUUUGAAAGUUAUGUACCUUCUUUUGAUAUAAAAAAUUUUAAUUCCACUUUUUGUUUUGUUCUAAUUCUUAACUAUAAUUUUUUUAAUUUUUUGUGUAAAUAUUAGACAAUUUAUGAAAAAUUUUUAAGUGUUAAUAAGGAGGCAAAUAAAUCCUAAGACUAAAAUAUUUAAGGCAAAGCAAAAGUUAAAAAAAAAAAUGUUAAAUUAAUUAUUAAAAGUGUGUAAAUAGAAGACAGAAUAAAACUGCAAAGGCAAUUAACGUUUGUAAAUAAAAUUAACUUAAGUGAAAACUAAUUACACAGAGAAAUGGCCAAUUUAUGGAAUGCUUUAACUCGGCGGAAAACCGAUGAUGUCAUUGAGAAUGAAUCGAAAUUAGCUCGCGUUUUAAAUCUCUUCGAUUUAACCGCCCUUGGUGUGGGCAGUACUUUAGGUUUAGGUGUAUAUGUGCUGGCCGGUUCAGUGGCAUAUAAUAUAGCAGGUCCUGCUGUUACCUUAUCUUUCCUGAUAGCAGCUAUUGCCUCCGCAUUUGCUGGUAUUUGUUAUGCCGAAUUUGCUGCUCGUGUACCCAAGGCCGGCAGUGCUUAUGUGUACAGUUAUGUAACAGUGGGUGAAUUUGUGGCCUUUACUAUCGGUUGGAAUUUAGUAUUGGAAUAUGUAAUAGGUACUGCUUCUGUGGCCAGAGGUUUAAGUGGUUAUAUCGAUUCUUUAAUCGAUAAGAAUAUGUCGAAAGCUUUAACCGAAGCCUUACCCAUAGAUGUUGAUUUCUUAGGUGAUUAUCCGGACUUUUUGGCUUUUGGCAUGGUAUUGCUGUUGACAGCCUUACUGGCGUUUGGUGUUAAGGAAUCAACUUUUCUCAAUAACAUAUUUACCAGUGUCAAUAUAAUGACCAUACUUAUAGUCAUUGUAGCCGGUAGUAUUAAUGCCGAUCCCGCCAAUUGGACUAUACCUCAAGAUAAAGUACCAGCCGGUUUUGGUACAGGUGGUUUUAUGCCUUAUGGCUUUGCGGGUGUUAUGGGUGGAGCUGCUAAAUGUUUUUAUGGUUUUGUGGGUUUCGAUUGUGUAGCCACUACGGGCGAAGAGGCCAUUAACCCCAAACGCAAUAUUCCUUUGGCCAUUGUUAUCUCAUUGAUCAUUAUCUUCUUAUCUUACUUUGGUGUUUCCACUGUUUUAACUAUGAUUAUUCCUUACUACGAACAAGAUCGUGAUGCUCCUUUUCCGGCUGCUUUUGAUGCUAUUGGCUGGAAUACCGUUAAAUGGAUUGUAACUAUUGGUGCUAUUUUCGCUUUAUGUACCAGUUUAUUGGGUACCAUUUUUCCAUUGCCACGUAUUCUCUAUGCCAUGGGUAAUGAUGGUAUUCUUUUCAAGAAAUUAUCUUCCGUUAAUGAACGUACUUUAACACCUUUAUUCGCUACCAUUUUAUCGGGUUUAUUUGCAGCUGUAAUGGCGUUAAUAUUUGAUUUGGAACAAUUAAUCGAUAUGAUGUCUAUUGGUACUCUCUUGGCCUAUAGUAUUGUUGCCAUAUGUGUCUUAGUUUUACGCUAUCAAGAUGAGGAUAUGGAAAAAGAGAUUUCCGUUUCCUUGCCCAUGGUCUUUAAGCAAUUGUUCAAUGGUAAUACCUAUCGUGUGCCGAAUAUCUUGAGUUCAUCGGUAACAAAAAUUGGUGUGGUACUCUUUGGUCUGAUCUGUGUUUUAUGGUGUAGUUUGGAUAAGGUAUACGUAUUUGGUUCUACCAAUAGUAAUAUAGCCUUGAGUAUAGUGGGAGCAGUCCUGGUGAUUAUUGUUAUUAUCAUAGGCUGUCAACCGGUUUCUACUAUAGAAUUGACCUUUAAGGUGCCGCUGGUACCUUUGAUACCAUGUUUGAGUGUAUUUGCUAAUCUAUAUUUGAUGUUCCAAUUGGAUUUGCAUACCUGGAUAAGAUUUUUAAUAUGGGUAGCUAUUGGUUAUUUGAUUUAUUUUGCCUAUGGCAUUAGACAUUCCACACAGAUAACAAGAAAUCGUAAUCAUGCCGAUGCUGCCAUGAGAAUGCAGAGAACAAAUGAGGCCUAUGAGCCCGACUGGAAAGUGGAGAAUGGUAAAUCUGAAAAAAAUUAAAUAAGAUAUAGAAAAAGCUAUUAGGAGAGUGAAAAAGUUAAUUUCAUAAUUGGUCCUAAUCACUCUAUUAUAUUUCUCAUAUUAGUUUGUAUAUAUCUUUAUUAUAGUUUAGUUAGUUUAUCCUUUUUUUAAAUUUAGUUUAAGUUUUAUAAUUAUUAACUUUAUUUUUGUUAUUUUUUAUAUAAUGAGUAUUAAAUGCAACUUUUUCUCCCUUUUAAAUGACAUUUCCUGUUUCCUUCAACUGUCAUAAGAGAUUAAACAAUUUAUCUAUAUAUGUAUAUUUUUUUAAACUGUCAUUAAUUGUUAAACAUUUAAAAAUAAUAUUAUUUUUAUUAAUGCUGGCCAUAUUUGAAAAAAAAAACUCUGACAGU